GAAGGAAGACCCAUGCCAUCUUGCCAUAUCAAGUCAAUCCAAAGACGAAAACUUCAAGCUGUGCCAAUUCCCCGAUCCAGAGAGAGUGAGAGGUUCGGCGCUACCGCACAAAACACAAACAUAAUCUACUUUCUUUCUUCUGUGCAACAACCUCGAAAUUUACGGGAGACUCCUUAAUUCUUUGUUCACACGUUGUUCUUAUGAUCUCAAGCUGCCUGCAGAAAGGUCACUGAGGUACAAAGCUCACCGAGUAUGGCUGAAAACAUAACAAAGUUGAAAAGGGAGCUUGAGGAAAACCAGAAGAAACAUCACUGUGGUAAAGAGACGCAGCUUAGUCUCGUUGCUGUGUCUUAUCUCCCCAAGGACUGUGUUUUUAACACCAUUGUCCGGCUGCCACUUGAAUCCAUACACGCAUCCAUGUUUGUUUGCAAGAUCUGGUAUGGGAUUGUUAACAGUCCCUCCUUCAUUCAUGCUCAUCUAAAACGAUCGGAUACGGGAUUAGUAUUCUUGACACCGGUCAGAAAUUGCCUUCCGUCUGCAAAAACCAUUUUCUCCGUGGAAUCCAAGGUGUCAGAGCUACUUUCCUUGCCAGUGCACCAGUGGCCGCUGAUAGACCCUCCUCGACUGUACUACAUGAAGUUCAUAGAAAUCAAAGAUGGCAAAAGCACAGUUAAAGAGUAUAAUACAUCUUGUAUGGGCAAUAUUAGGGCAACCUGCAAUGGUUUGAUCAUUCUUGAACACCAUACGAAGAGCGGAGGAUUGGUCCUUAUGAACACUGUAACUAGAGAGCUGAAACCAAUCCCUUUGGGAACAAGGUCUUCUCCACAUCAAGAAUCAUACGGCUUGGCAUUUUGCCAUGUGCUGGGGGUGUAUAAACUGGUGCACUUGUUCCUGGACAAGUUAAGAUAUGUUGAAUGUGAGAUUAUGGACAUCGGGAAUGGAUCAUGGAGAUGGAGAGCAGUGGAUGGACCAGCUUUCGGAGUAUUUGGUUGGUUAGGUUAUCAGCCAGUUUUCACUAUAGGAGCUCUGCAUUGGAUCCCAAAUAUUGAUGUUAAUGAGUAUAUGGUGUCAUUGGCACUUGAUGAUGAGAAGUUUGUCAAAACCCCGUUACCAAGUAGUUGCGGAAUUCAUGACCGGAUCAUUGAAAUGAGCUGCUUUCUUGGUUUUGUGACGCGACAAGACACAGACAGGAUCAUCGUGUGGAUCUUGAGGAGUUUAAGUGAUGGUGUUUGGGAACAACAGUAUACCAUCAGCGUGGAAAGCUCCUGGCAGAGUAUGGUUCCACUUUAUUGCAAGGGGAUUUACGGUGAAAUUAUUUUCAGGUGCAAGGAUGACGAUCUGUAUGUUUACGACUACUGCUUGCAACUUGUGAGGAAGGUUGAGGAUGAAAAGCAACGGUCCCUACCCUUGGCUAAUCACUGUUAUCCUCAUGUAAACAGUCUCAUCUCAUGGAAGAUCAAGGCAGAAGAAUGAGAAAGGGCAAUAUCUAUGAACAUUGUAGGUUUAUGCAUCAUUUUGUAGUUGAAGCUCUAACUACUACUACAUCAUUUGUGUGGAUAUGCUCCCUCCCAAAUGGCACAUUUACCUUAUAAGAAAUAACAAUCUGCAAAAUUUGGACCAAGCUCAAA